ACCCUGGCAAUCUGAGCUUGGUCUCACUGAGGAACGGUUCACACUCCAUUUUUACUGAGGUAAAGUUACUGGAGGAACCAGAAGAGUUGGAAACUCCAGUGAUCUGCUCCAUCUGACUGCUGGAGUCACUGCCUCAAAUGCAAAGUGCAGACACUGGAAGAGUUUAGCCGAUGUAUCGCUUGAUGUCCUGCUGGGUGACUGCAGCCUUCCUGCUCCUAAUUCACACACACAGCUUGGAGGCAGCGGCAUGUCAUGGAUGUACCUCUAGCUCCAAGUGUGACUGCAGUGGUGUUAAAGGAGAAAAGGGUGCGAUAGGUUUACCUGGUUUUGCAGGACCCAUAGGAAUGCCAGGAUUCCCGGGAGUUGAAGGUCCUGUUGGCUCUGCGGGACCAAAGGGUGACAUCGGUGAACCGGGAUUAACGGGGAAGAAAGGAAUCCGGGGUCCCGCAGGUUCACCAGGAUUCCCAGGGACCCCAGGAUUACCUGGUUUACCAGGACAGGAUGGACCACCAGGAGCAGCAGGAAUCCCAGGCUGCAACGGUACAAAGGGUGAAAUAGGUCCAUUGGGACCCCCUGGAUUACCAGGUCUCCAAGGAUCUCCUGGACAACCAGGCACUCCAGGGAUGAAGGGCGAUCCAGGUGAUGUCUUUGGGGUUUCUGUGCUGAAGGGGGAGCCAGGCUUCCCAGGACCACCAGGAAAAGAGGGUGCACCAGGGAUUCCUGGAUCCAUCGGACCAACUGGCCCAGUGGGUUAUCCGGGGCCCCCAGGUCCACCCGGUAUCCCAGGCCCUCCAGGACCAAAGGGGAAUAUGGGGGUACAGUUCUAUGGACCAAAGGGUCAGAAGGGCGAUCCAGGAGUACAAGGACCCCCAGGCCCACCUGGUAACAGAGAGUUUCAAGGAACAACAACAAAAGUCCUCAUAGGAGCAAAGGGCCAAAAAGGAGAUCGAGGGGAACCAGGAGUGAAGGGUUUCCCUGGCAGUCCGGGACAUUCGAGUAUCGGGAUGAAGGGUGACAAAGGAGAAUUGGGAGAACCGGGUAAACGAGGUAAACCUGGAAAAGAUGGAGAACCAGGACCACCAGGACCUUACGGUCAACCAGGAUAUGCAGGAGAACCAGGCUUUCCAGGGCUGGAGGGCACCAAGGGAGAGAAAGGCAAUCGUGGGAUUGUUGGUCCUCCAGGUAUUAUUAUUGAUGCGCGUGGAAACGCUAUUCAUGGGACACAGGGCAAUCCAGGUGAGCCAGGCCCUCCCGGACUGCAAGGCGAACAAGGCCCUCCAGGUCGUCCUGGACUCGCUGGAUUACCAGGCCCUCCAGGUCUCUCUCUGCAAGGUGAGAAGGGUCUCCCAGGGUUUACAGGUGAACGAGGCCAGAAAGGCGAGAUGGGGGAUCCAGGACUAUCGCUGUCAGGCUCUCCAGGAAGGGAUGGGCCAAGGGGAUUACCGGGUCCCCCUGGUCCCCCUGGACCUCCAGUGUCUUCCGUGGAUUGUGAAAGUUUACCCGGGCAGCCAGGACCCGCUGGACCUCGAGGAUUCCCAGGAGAAACUGGAAUGAAAGGUGCCAAGGGUGACAUCUGCUUCCAUUGUAACUUCACGGCCAUUCCUGGACCACCAGGUCCCCAAGGACCCCCUGGAAGACCCGGUGAUCGUGGAAUUCCAGGGCUGAAGGGAGACCGUGGUCCACCAGGUAGAGUGGGAUUCCCAGGCCAGCCUGGAGCUGAUGGUAUUGCGGGACCAGUGGGAAUUCCGGGCCCGAAAGGUGAUCCGGGUGAUAUCCAAACUUUACCUGGAGUGAAGGGGGAUCGAGGUGACCCUGGCUUCCCAGGUUCUCCAGGUGUACCUGGUCUGGAUGGAUUACCUGGGAAAGAUGGAACUCCAGGCUUCCCAGGAUCCAAAGGCGAGCCGGGCAACAUCGGCUUCAAAGGUGAACGAGGUUUACCAGGAACCCCAGGAUUAACUGGAGCAUCAGGAGAUCAAGGAGCGCCAGGACUUCCAGGGGUCGGAGAGCCCGGUUUUCCAGGUGAAAAGGGCUCCCGAGGAUAUCCAGGACAUCCAGGGACACCCGGUGCAUCAGGUCAGAAAGGUGAACGGGGGAGCUCUGCCGGUAAACCUGGGCCCCCAGGCUUCCCAGGGUCUCCAGGAGUAAAAGGUGAACCUGGCAGUCGAGGUGACACUGGGCUGCCCGGUGGACCGGGAUUACAAGGAGCUAUCGGACCAAAAGGUGAUCCAGGUCCCACUGGCAUCGGAUUUCCAGGCCCAACUGGUGCAAAAGGUGUACCUGGAAUUGCCGGACUGCCGGGUCAUCCAGGUCUCUCAGGACGUCCAGGGAAUGAUGGUAUUCCAGGCCAGCCAGGACCCCCAGGACCAAAGGGACAACCAGGAGCAGGACUCCCAGGCCCCCGAGGAUUUCCAGGUGCCCCAGGACUCGAUGGGGCUCAAGGUGAUAAAGGUGACCCAGGCCUCCCUGGUAUACCCGGAGCAUCAGGACGUCCUGGUUCACCUGGCUUCCCAGGUGAUAAAGGCAGCACUGGCCCAGCAGGUCUCCAGGGCCCUCCUGGACUCCCUGGAGCAGCAGGAGUCGGGCCACCAGGUCAGCCCGGAAACCCAGGGCCCCAAGGACCGGCCGGCCUCCCAGGAUUCCAGGGAUCAGCAGGGCCAAAGGGUGACCCUGGUUUUCCAGGGUUGGAUAUCCCAGGUCCGCAGGGGGAGAAGGGGAGACAGGGAUCCAAAGGUCUCCCUGGACCCCCUGGUUACCCAGGACAAAUUGGGCCUCCAGGAAAAGAUGGUCCUUCGGGUAUACAAGGUCCUAAAGGAGAAAUGGGAGUCAUGGGUACACCUGGAAGCCAAGGUUUCCCAGGUGCUUCAGGGAAUGUGGGACAUGCUGGUUCAAAAGGUGAGCAGGGUUUACCUGGUUUCCCUGGACCCAAUGGAGUACCGGGUGAGAAGGGGACAAAAGGAGAAGUUGGUCUUGUGGGAAAACCUGGAGUGAUGGACAAAAGUGCGAUGGAGAAAAUGAAAGGGCAGAAAGGAGAAACUGGAGAUCAGGGGCUGUCAGGCUUACCAGGAACAAAGGGCCAUCAAGGCAUUUCGGGUGAUCCAGGAAUGCCAGGAAAGGAUGGUCAACCUGGAUUACCAGGCCAACCAGGGCCGGUGGGAGACCCAGGAAGACCUGGAAAACCAGGAUUGACAGGUGUCCCAGGAGAGAAAGGAUCAAUUGGAGAAAUGGGACUACCAGGUACCUCUGGACCCCAGGGUCCCCCAGGUGAGCCAGGACAGACGGGCAUCCCAGGUUAUACUGGACUGACCGGUGAGAAAGGUGAGAAGGGCAUCCCAGGAGUGCCAGGAUUCGGAGUUCCAGGUGAUCCAGGUCCAAAGGGAGAUCCAGGUCUGUCAGGCUUCCCAGGUGGCCCUGGACUGACAGGUGAGCCAGGUUUGCCAGGCUUGUCGGGAUCGCUGGGGCCAACGGGACCAAAGGGCAGCCCAGGUGUGCCGGGAAUCCCAGGUAACCCAGGACUUCCAGGAAGUAAAGGCAGCAUUGGUCUCCCAGGUGAACCAGGUUUCUCAGGAAUUCCAGGACAGCCAGGUCCUCCUGGUCCUCCAGGCAUCCCAGGAAUUCUUGGAGAGAAAGGCUCAAGAGGCCUUGACGGAAUCCCAGGAGUGAUUGGCGAAAAGGGUAACCAAGGCAUCCCAGGAAGAGAUAUCCCAGGAAUCUCAGGUCUGCCAGGAACUAAAGGUUUGAAAGGUGACCCUGGUUUACCAGGAUACCCGGGUUCACCUGGAGUUCCGGGUAUUAAAGGAGACCGAGGGUUUCCAGGUCUCAAAGGCCAUCAGGGCAGUCAAGGUCCUCCGGGACCCCCCAAUGUAGCUCUGGAGGGACCAAAAGGUGAAAAAGGAACUGUCGGUGAAACAGGCCAUCCGGGGGCCCCUGGUAUUCAAGGAGGUCCUGGAGCUCCGGGACCGCAUGGAGCCAAAGGAGAGAAAGGAGAGAUAGGGUUUUCAGGAUCCCACGGCUUUCCUGGACCCAAGGGGGAGAGAGGAGUCCAAGGGUCUCCUGGCAAUGCUGGUUACCCUGGUGUUCCAGGGCCAAAAGGUGAAUCAGGACCUCAUGGAGUUCCAGGCUUUAUUGGAGUCAAAGGUGUAGCGGGAGUCCCUGGAUUUCCAGGUACACAGGGUGAGAGAGGACCACCUGGACUACCUGGUCCACCAGGUCCCCUUGGUCCACAGGGCCCUCUGCAGAUUGUGAAAGGAGAUCCUGGUUUACCUGGUCAGCCAGGAGAAGAUGGAGCAAAGGGUUAUCCUGGGUUUCCAGGCAUUAAAGGCGACAUAGGUCUGACAGGGCCAGUUGGAGAUCCUGGUGAAGAGGGGGCUCCUGGAUUUGAUGGGAGACCUGGACCAAAAGGAGAAGUUGGUCCAUCUGGUCCAACAGGUCCAAGGGGUUAUCCAGGACCUGCAGGCCCAGAAGGAUCUCCUGGUCCUCGAGGAUAUCCUGGUCCUGCUUCAAUAGCUCACGGCUUCCUUGUGACCCGACACAGUCAAAUGACAGAGGUUCCCAGCUGUCCUCUUGGGACAUUGAAAAUCUACGAUGGGUUCUCACUGCUUUAUGUCCAGGGCAAUGAAAGGGCUCAUGGCCAAGACUUGGGCACUGCAGGGAGUUGUUUGCGAAGGUUCAGCACCAUGCCAUUCCUCUUCUGUAACAUCAACAAUGUCUGCAACUUUGCAUCAAGAAACGACUAUUCUUAUUGGCUGGCCACACCUGAACCAAUGCCGAUGAGUAUGGCUCCUGUGGUUGGUGAAACUAUCGAGCCAUUUAUCAGCAGAUGCUCUGUGUGUGAGGCUCCAGCGAUGGUGAUCGCUAUUCACAGCCAAACAAUUCAAAUCCCGCUGUGCCCCACUGGUUGGCAUUCUCUCUGGAUUGGCUAUUCCUUCAUGAUGCACACCAGUUCUGGAGCUGAGGGCUCAGGACAGGCUUUAUCAUCACCCGGUUCAUGCCUGGAGUCAUUCCGCUCUGCUCCCUUCAUCGAGUGUCACGGUCGAGGAACCUGCAAUUACUACGCAAACUCCUACAGCUUCUGGCUUGCAACCGUCGAGACCACAGAGAUGUUCAGGAAACCGGAAUCGGAGACCCUCAAGGCGGGCGAGCUGCGAACACGCAUCAGCCGUUGCCAAGUCUGCAUGAAGAAGACGUAAUGUAUUCUGAGACUGCCAAGCUUAUCAGCUGUCUCGCAAUCCUCUAAUGAACUAUGGUGCUAUUUCUAUAAUAAAGCAAUUUACAA